GGUGCAUACUACGCAGGAGUUACACGCCGCGGGUCCUAAUGCAGCCAUGUGACUUAGGCAGCCCUCGAGGCCUCACUUUGGCCAUGUGAACAUCAGGUAUCCUUUGACAGUGAGCCUGGGCUCAGAUGUGCGGGUCUGAUGAUAUACCCAAGUUCAGUUGCUCUGAGUUGACUAGGAAGGUAGAGAAGAUCUUUGUACAGCCUAAAGAGGUAAUCUUCAGGAGAAGUCUUUGAAAUCUCCCUUCAUCCAAACACCCAAGAUCUUACACCUUGUUUUAAAUUGCCUAACAGAUUGCAAAGCUUUUUUGGAAACCAGUAGCAAUGUUCACAGAACACACACAAACAGAACUCGAGGAGUAAAGAGCUAUGUCCAAUGGUGGAAAUGAAGGACAAGGGCUACCCUACCCUCGGCAGCUUUGCUGUGGCCUCUGUUGCCCUGAGAUGGAGAUGUGCUGAGUUAUUACACCCUUGGGGCCACCGCCACCUCCCUGCUCUAUUGUGGCAGCCCCAGGCUCUCUUGUCACCUGUCCCAGUGCUAUCAGCUGCCAGUGGGCCCCAGCCCCAUGCUAGCUGUAAGUGCAGGUCUUAAUACAAAUUAGCAGCAGUGCAGGCAAGCUGAAUGGCAAAACCUCGUCCCGCACUCCCCCUCCCUCUUGUUUUCAUCAAGCCCUCUUCACAGGCGCCAGCUGCCUUAUUAAAGAGCAGCCUUUUAUGCUGGGCUUCACCUGUACCCACCCUGAGCGGCAGCCGUGGAGCCCCAUGGCCGCACGCAGGGCUUGCGCUGGCUGGAGGAGGCACGGUGCUUGGGAGCUGCAAGAAUGGAGGGAGGACUGGCAGGCGAGCGGGCGAGGUCCUAGUGCAGAAGCCUGGGACCGAGGACAGGGCCAUUUUCCAGUGGAGAAACACCCUGGCGGGCGAGCGGCCAAACCGAUCACCUGUCCAGCUGGAGAGCAGGCCAACUUAAUCCUUCAAACUUCUGCAGCACUUGGACUGUUUCACAACUGACAAGGAUGCAGGGAAAGGCUGCCAGACCAUCCCAUGUUUCCCUCUGUAAGACAUCAGGAAAAAAUUACCGUCUGACUUCUAAUAUCUCAGUGGAGCAUUUAUCUCCCAGCUAUGAUAAGUGAUCUUCAAUAUUUUUUUCCUUUCAGAUUAAGAAACAAAUUCAUUUAAUUUUCUUUAUUGAAUGUGCUCAGGCCUCCCCGCCCUGCCUGGGUCUCAGGAAGCCCUGGGCUGAUCUCCCUUCUCCUGGGUUAGUGACUGCCGUCCCUGCUUGUGGGAUGGGUGGGUCCCUAUCUGGUACGGCCCUGCUCCUCAAGGCCUCGCUGUGGUCCAUUCCUGCCCCUGGCAGGGGAUGGAGGACAGUGGCCAGGCCUUUGGAACGUCCGGAGAGGUUAUGCGGCCUAGAGUUGGAAGGCUGUAAUCUGAACCUUAUCUGAACUCCUUGGUCUGAAGGCCUGGUUUGGAGCUCUUGAGAGAACUGGCUGUCUCCCAGGCUGCCAGAACCGAUGCUUCCUGCUCAGUAUAAUGGCGGCUACAGCUUCUCCUUGGCCUUCCCAUCAUCUCCUUUGGUCCUGCUGCUGCUGGAGUGGCUGAGCAGCGGGCACUGGGUGUGACAGGGUGGCACCUCCCCCAAGUAUGCUGGAGGUGCGUGAUGCUGGGCUGGAGGGCAUGCAGAGUGUGUUUGCCAGCCUGCUUCAGGGCGCCAGGUGGCCAUGGGUGGGACUUCACCCCUCCAGACAGCUGCCCAUCACCAGUGCUGCAAAAUACCAGGUGCUAAUCAAGUUCUGUAGUUCUAGGCUAAGUUGGAUGAUCUGCUUUCUCUCUUGUGAAUGUCCAUACUGCUUCCACAGUGAGCUUGGGGCCAGGGAUGCAAAAUGCCACAGGGCCACCACCUCUCCAUCAGGUGGAAGUUCCUGGACUCCAUUCCUUCUCCAAGUAGCAACCAGCUCUUUUGUAUGUGUGCUUGAUAGUGAAGCUUAACACAGAAGACCUGAGUCCUGUUUCCACCUUGACUAGCUGUGUGACUGAGCCAGGCAGCCCCUAUCUCGAUUUCAUUAACCAUGAAAAGGAGGUAGUAACCCUUGCUGUGCCUAUCCUGGGGGCUGAUUGGGAAAUUCGAAUACAACAGUGCAUAAGAAAUGCAUUAAACUUAUAUAUGGGCAAUGGAAAUAACUCAUUGAGAAAGCAUUUGCUGCUCACCUCCUGUAAGAAUACUAGGGUUAAACAAAGAAAGUGAUGACCAUCCUCUCAAGAACUCAGCAGUCAGGGGGCGCAGGCCAAGCUGAGAAUCAGACAGUGUGACAAGUCCUUAUAACCAAGGCGGGCACCAAGUGCUGGGGGACUGUGGGGAAGGCGUGUCUGGGAGCAUGGACUAGGUUGCCUGGCAGUGAGGCUAAAAAUGUAAGCUGCAGUCAGACAGGGAGGGCUGCGAUGCCACACAAAGAAGCUCAGACCUUGGUCUGAGGGCACUGAGGCGCUGCCAGCAGUUUUUACGUACUGUAAUUAUAGGAUUGGGCUGGGAUUUGAAGAAAACUCUGGUGGCAGCAUGGAGGAUAGAAAGAGGGCGUCAUCAUCAUCAUGACACCAAGUGUGGCCGGGCAAUGGCUCCAUGCUCAUCAUCGGAGCCCUGGGCUCAUGAUUCAGAGGCUGGGGCGAGCUGCCCUGUCAGUGCUGACCGCCUCUGGGCUUUGUCUCUUCUCACUUUAGGGAGUCUCCGGUGGACUGCAGCGUUAGCAAAUGCAGCAAGCUGGUGGGCGGAGGCGAGUCCAACCCCAUGAACUACAACAGCUAUAUGGACGAGAAGAAUGGCCCCCCUCCUCCCAACAUGACCACCAACGAGAGGAGAGUCAUCGUCCCCGCAGACCCCACACUGUGGACACAGGAGCAUGUGAGGCAAUGGCUGGAGUGGGCCAUAAAGGAGUACAGCUUGAUGGAGAUCGACACAUCCUUUUUCCAGAACAUGGAUGGCAAGGAACUGUGUAAAAUGAACAAGGAGGACUUCCUCCGUGCCACCACCCUCUACAACACGGAAGUGCUGUUGUCACACCUCAGUUACCUCAGGGAAAGUUCACUGCUGGCCUAUAAUACAACCUCCCACACCGACCAAUCCUCACGACUGAGUGUCAAAGAAGACCCUUCUUAUGACUCAGUCAGAAGAGGAGCAUGGGGCAAUAACAUGAAUUCUGGCCUCAACAAAAGUCCUCCCCUUGGAGGGGCACAAACGAUCAGUAAGAAUACAGAGCAACGGCCCCAGCCAGAUCCGUAUCAGAUCCUGGGCCCGACCAGCAGUCGCCUAGCCAACCCUGGAAGCGGGCAGAUCCAGCUGUGGCAAUUCCUCCUGGAGCUGCUCUCCGACAGCGCCAACGCCAGCUGUAUCACCUGGGAGGGGACCAACGGGGAGUUCAAAAUGACGGACCCCGAUGAGGUGGCCAGGCGCUGGGGCGAGCGGAAAAGCAAGCCCAACAUGAAUUACGACAAGCUGAGCCGGGCCCUCCGUUAUUACUAUGAUAAAAACAUUAUGACCAAAGUGCACGGCAAAAGAUAUGCUUACAAAUUUGACUUCCACGGCAUUGCCCAGGCUCUGCAGCCACAUCCGACCGAGUCGUCCAUGUACAAGUACCCUUCUGACAUCUCCUACAUGCCUUCCUACCAUGCCCACCAGCAGAAGGUGAACUUUGUCCCUCCCCAUCCAUCCUCCAUGCCUGUCACUUCCUCCAGCUUCUUUGGAGCCGCAUCACAAUACUGGACCUCCCCCACAGGGGGAAUCUACCCCAACCCCAACGUCCCCCGCCAUCCUAACACCCACGUGCCUUCACACUUAGGCAGCUACUACUAGAAGCUUACUCAUCGGUGGCCUUCUAGCUGAAGCCCAUCCUGCACACUUACUGGAUGCUUUGGACUCAACAGGACAUAUGUGGCCUUGAAGGGAAGACAAAACUGGAUGUUCUUUCUUGUUAGAUAGAACCUUUGUAUUUGUUCUUUAAAAACAUUUUUUUUUAAUGUUGGUAAUUUUUGCUUCCUCUACCUGAACAAAGAGAUGAAUAAUUCCAUGGGCCAGUAUGCCAGUUUGAAUUCUCAGUCUCCUAGCAUCUUGUGAGUUGCAUAUUAAGAUUACUGGAAUGGUUAAGUCAUGGUUCUGAGAAAGAAGCUGUACGUUUUCUUUAUGUUUUUAUGACCAAAGCAGUUUCUUGUCAAUACACGGGGUUCAGUAUGACACAGAAUCAUGGACUUAACCCGUCACGUUCUGGUUUGAGAUUUAGUGACAAUAGAGGUGGGAAGCUUAUAAUCUAAUUUUAGGAGGACCAAAUUCAGUGGAUGGCAACUGGAACAUUGAUUGUAAGGCCAGUGAAGUUUUCACCCAACUGGAAUUUGAUGGAAAGAAGGUUUGUGUGUUUAAGACGCCAACGGCAUUGCAGAAUCCCUCUCAGUGGAUAGUAUGCACUCAGCUGACCACUCUCUCUAGAAAUAGUCAAGAUAUGAACUAAGAAAUUUUAAUGCAAAUACAUACAUUCCUGAAAGACGGGGAAUUAAAUUACUAAUUUUUUUUUUUGUUAAUGAUGACAGUAGUCCCAGAACUUGGAAAAGUUGUAGGGAUUUCUAAACUCAAGCAGAUUCGCAAGCGCUGUGCGCUUGUCAGACCAUCAGACCAGGGCCAAUCAAUCAGAAGGCAACUUACUGUAUAAAUUAUGCAGAGUUAUUUUCCUAUAUCUCACAGUAUUAAAAAUAAAUAAUUAAAAAUUAAGAAUAAAUAAACGAGUUGACCUCGGUCACAAAAGCAGUUUUACUAUCGAAUCAAUCGCUGUUAUUUUUUUUAAUGUAAUUUGUACAUCUUUUUUCAAUCUGUACAUUUGGGCUGUCUGUAUGUUUUUAUAGCUGGUUUUUAAAAAGCAUAAUAUGACUGUAGCUGAAAAGGAAACAGGGCUGUUUAAGUCACUGACUUAUGAGAAAGCAAAGCACUGGUACAGUUAUUUAACAGGCAUACACAAGCAAGGAAAGAUAAUCCAUUUAGAUCUUUAAUGCUUUGGAAAUGCGUGUAACAGUACUGCAAUAUUCACAGCUCUGGGAAAAACAACGAAACUUUCCCUUGUGGAGAGGAGGGAUUUUCCUGCUCUAUAUAAGCAACAUAUUUUUAGACAUUAAAAUAUAUAUAAUUUUGCAGGUAAUUGUUGACUUUUUUAACUAUAUUAAGUGUUAAGCUGACAACUGUCAAUGAAGACCAUGUUGUAAAAUAAUUUGACUAAAUAAAUGGUUCCUUCUCUCA